AUGCUAAACCAACUGAUGAAACACCUGACUGACCACAACAUUAUUACCAGCCAGCAGCACGGUUUCCUCAAGGGAAGAUCCACAACCACUGCCCUAAUCCAACUUGCCGAAUUCAUUAUUGACCAGAGAGAAGAAGGAAAAGAGGUCACUAGCCUGCUCUUAGACCUCAGCAAGGCUUUUGAUUGCCCUGGGAUGGUGCACCACCUCAUUAUGCUUUACAAGUACGAGCGCUGCUUGACAGAGAGUUUCGCUGGAUUAGGACGUAGGAGAGCAAUAGAGUGGCCACCUAGAUCACCUGAUCUAAGUUCUCUUGAUUUCUUAUUAUGGGGUUAUUUCAAACAAAGGCUUAGAAACUGUAGAAUACUUAUAGAAGAGUUGAGUGUACAAAAAAGUUGCUCUGUCCGCAGAAAGUCACCACAACUGCGAUACUGUGUUACCAACUUCACGGAGGCAAUUGAACCAUGCCUAAGUCCCGAGGAACGUUACAUGAAGCAAACUAUCCUCAACAUAACGGAUGCACUUAUCAGGUUUAUCUGUUUCAAGGAAGGAGAGCGAAUCGCUUUGUUCAUUGCGGAAGGAGGACCUGAGUGCCUGAAGGAUAACCAGGAUGAGAUAAUGCAAUGCUUCAAUUCUACCUUCUCCCACUACAUGCCCAAGGAAGCAGCAGUGAAGCAGGAGGAGGCUCCACUAUUCCAGCUGGGUGAGAAGGAAUGCAGAGACAUAUCGAAGCUGCAGCAAUGUGUUGUUGAACACCUGGAGAAAUGUUCGGAGCCAACGCCGUCAAAUAUUGUGGACAGUCUGAUUGCGUACGUGCGCAAAGACACACUCUGCCAGCAGUACGAGCCUAAUCAUGCGAGCUCAUUCACUGUCAACAGUGUUGCUCUAGCGUUGAGCGGAUUCCUCGUGUUUAUUAACAGAUUCCAUUAGCAGGCGUAGUACAAGUCGUUAGUUGUACAUAACGAUUAAGUUGCUCAGAAUUUAAAUGUUAAUGUCAUUUGUUGUCAGCCAUUUAAGUUCCAGCCAACUUACAAAGUGAUAAAAAAAUCAUUCUUAUCAGUUGGAAGGUUAGUUUUAAGGGAAAUCGAUACACAUUCAAAAUAGUUUUAGUUGUCUUUUAAAGUUUGGGUUUCAAAAAUCCUUGAUGUAAAAGUUCAUCACGUUGUGUAACUGGUUAGGGAGAAUAGCAUAUAUAAUUGUGUAAGAGAUACAGUAGAGUGUCUGUAAUUCAAGCUUCUGGACAUGAUCAGUGAUAAUAUUUACAUGGCUCGACGUGAAAAAAACACUCUAACCCUGAAACUAAUGGCAAAAUUUCUCUCAGUGGCUUUUGAGAUAAUUGUAUGUUAUAUAAUUUUUUAUAUUUUUAUGAGAUGUACAGUAUAUAACAAAUAGCCUGUAUCAUAUUACAUAUAAAUUCAUUCAGAAAGCUUCAAGAAAACAUUUUUCAUUUAAGAAAUUUAAUUUUUUGUACUUCCUGCAAUAUUCUGCAUUGUAUUCUUUUGGUGGAAGUGGAAAAAUUUUAAAUUGAAUUUAAAAUCAUCAAAAUUUUGUUUGUAGCAUAAUAGGUGAGCCAACAUAUAUAAUUUUAUAAGCUACAAAUGUUAGUGUAUUGCAUAUGGUAAAUAGAAAAAUUACACGUACAAAUAAUCAAAAUUGCAACUUACCGUAGAAGUAAAACUUCAAGUUCCAUUUUGGUUGUUCUCUCACAUUAAUAAUUCAAUUGUUGUAAUAGUAAAAACACUCUUGGAUUGAGGUGAAUUGCACAAAAUUAUUUACUGAAUUCUGCUGUAGUCUACAACUGAAUGGGCAUUGAUGGUUAGGAUAGCACCAAAGUCCUUGGCUCACGUUAUUUGGGUACCAUACCAAAAGUAAAACUGGCCAAGGUGCCUCGUUUUUAAUUCCCUGAUCAUGUUUCACUCUCAGUCAUAGUAUCAGCUGAGAUAAAUAAUAAAUGUUUAUUAUUUAUCAUAAUUUACGUUUCUUACAGUUUUCAUAAUCAAACUAUUGUUAAUGUGUUUUAUUUACGUUGCCAUAACUAUUCAUAUUUUUAUUUAAUGUAUUUUAAACCAUGUGCGAUCCCAGUAAGCUUGGAUUAGCAAGACCCCACUAUAGCUCCGUUUAUAUCUGCUUUUUAUUGGUCUGCAUAGUUCACUCAAUACACAGUCAACUUGGUUUGUAAAAAAGUCGAACAAAUUGUAUAUUGUAAAUCAAUGUCGAACAAAAAUGUCCUUACGUAAAUUCAAUAAUUGAUUUCAAAAUAAUGAAUUUAAAAACUGAAGCAGUAUAUUUUUGUAUAGGGUGUAAUUUUGUUUAACCAGUUGGUACCAAAGCGAAACCAAAUAAUUUUUCUUGGUACAGCCUCCAUAUUAAAAUAAAAAAUCAAUGCCUAAACUUCUUUUAGUGUUUUAUAUUAUAUUUUUAUAUCUUUAAUUUAAAGUUAUUAUAUUUUAUACAUGUAUAUUUUUUUAUUUAUAAUAUACAAUUAUAAUUCCUUUUGCUUAUAGUGGUGUAAGUUUUUAUAGAGGUACAAGUUAUUUAUUCAAAAUUUGUAUCUUUAAAAGACACUGUCCAUGAGUAAUGUUGUCAUUACAGACAACAUUAUUUAUAUUUGUCCAUUGUUGUAUUUUUAAUGGAAAGAAAGACAAGUGUGAUAUGGCUAUGUUACCUUUAGUUGGGUCCGGGAUGAGAUGUCGUAUAUUUAGAUUAUUUUUAAAAUCGUUUUAGUUUAGUAAAUAUAGCUAUAUUAAUUAAUUACAUUUUUAUAUUUGUACACUCAAUUGUAUAUUUUUGUACCUUUACCUUAGGAUACAGAUUUGCAAUAGAGUUAAAGUUCAUUUCAUUUA